AAGAUUGAAGCACUAGUGUCCGUUGUCUUCUCUUUAGGCGAGCCCACACUCCUGUUGACGAAGAAAAUCCGAGAUGCCUUUCGUGCCCCAAGAUCAGGCCAAGUGCCCCAAAUGCGGAAAGUCGGUGUACGCCGCCGAGGAGAUGCUCGCCGCCGGAAACAAGUUCCACAAGUCCUGCUUCAAGUGCGGACUCUGCAACAAGAAACUCGACUCGACCAACGUCGGUGAGCACGGAGGAGACAUUUUCUGCAAGCAGUGCUACGGCAGGAAAUACGGACCCAAAGGCUACGGAUUCGGUGGCGGAGCCGGCUGCCUGUCCAUGGACAAGGGCGAACAUCUGGGCAACAAGGAUACCGCAAUGUCCAACAAGCCCUUGGAUGGCACCUACAACUAAAUGUCGUACGCACUAACGCGCACGCAGGCCGGCACGGUCGCUGGCACUCAAGCUUCCGAGUAGAGCGAGCUAGCUAGCGGGCGUGCGGGCGGGCGGGUGUAUGGAAGAGCGGUAAGAAAGCAGAGUCGUAUACAUCAUCUUCAAAACAUCAUCAUCACGAGAGUCUUCCCAUCUUGGCGCUAUCGGCGACCUUACUUUGCCCUUCGUCCGCUCGACAGGGACAGAGAGUGGACGCGAAACAGCCAAAUCAUUGCCAUCUGUUCGUCCUGCAACAAGUUGUCGGAUACCAAUAAACGUGAUUUCGUAUCCAA